GUUCAAGUAUCCUCUACACUAUAAAAGAAACAGUAAAUCAAUAGUUCAGACAAGUAUAGCGAAUAACAAAUUAUCAUAUUUGGGACAUAAUGAAUAAAAUUAGCAAAGCAGAAAGUCAACAGAGACAGAGACCUAUCCAGAACUUCCCGGAUUAUCUGAAGUAUGUUGCGAAAAAGUCUAAAGCAGGUUUCGACAAAGUUCACGAGGAAUUAUACAGGAUUUAUUCAGAGAGUUUCAAUACUGCGGAUAAAUCUGUUCCACAGCCAUAUAAUCAGCAUGUAACAAUAACAACUAAUCACGGAACGCUCAAAAGUAAAAUAGGUUUAAGGCAGAGAUGGUCCCGUCGUUCUGGCCUAUUCUGGUCAUCUACCGGUCAAGAAAUUCCCACUGGUCACUCAUUCACCAGUUAUAUACCGGAGGAAAAAGAGGACCUCGGAUCAAGCACAAGUUCAAAAAGUGAGUUUGACAUACUCUCAGACGAGUUAGAUACGAUAAAACACGAGAAUCACGCGUUUCACAAUAAUGGAAUAUGUACAGCUGCAGUGUAUAACAAAGAUAAAAAUAUCUUCGAUUUUGACAAUAUUAGAACUUCAAUGCCGCAUUCAGAGCUUACAGACGAAGUGAUUUACACAAAUGACAGAGUUUUACGUGUAGAAAAAAUGAUUAGUUUAAGCAAGGAAGAAGAAGAAGAAGAAGAUCCGUCUGCCAUAUACUCUGUUCCAAAACUUAAGUACGAUUGUUAUGAAAUAGACGAUUAUGUCAAUUUGCGUGCUCCUUGCCAACUAUUUGAAGAUAUCAGUGAUGCUGAGAAGACAGAAGAAGUUGAGCCUGUAAAAAAAAUGAAAACUUCUGGUUCCAGAAAGUCUUUCAAAAAUAACACUAUGAAUGUAAGUUCACAGUAUGAAUCUAAGAAAGCGAAACGUCAAGCACUUGCAAAAACGCCUUUUGAGACAGAAGGUGAUCACAAUGAUGACGAUGAUUAUCUACCUCCCUCACAAUGGACACAGUCCUGCUACACACCUGCACACGGAGAAUGUAUUUCAGAUUUAUAUGCAAAAAUAUCAAAGAAACACAUGUCACCGAAUGAAAAGCCAAAUACGACUGUAACAAACAACGGCGUAGAAAAUUCAAACACACAGGUUAGAACUGAAUUACAAGAACAAAAUGGUACAGAGGCCGAUGAUAGCUACUACGUACCUCCUUCUAAAUGGGCAGAAUGCGACUAUGAAACUAUCCCAAGUACAAAUGAAACCAUGCACCUAUAUGAAAAUAUUGAAAACAGAACAUCUGUCUUUUUCUCUAAAGAGCAAGAUUCGGGAAUGCAGUCCGACAAAAGCAAGGACAUUGGAGGUGACAAGGCUGAUUAUGAUCGACCAUUCGAAUGGUUACAAUUUCGCGGUCAACGCACGGAUAUUGAUAUCACAAAUAACUCAGACACAGAAUCAAAAGACAAGCAAGUCACUUUCGGUUAUUUUCACAGAAAUGUGUGUAGUGGAAAUAUGAAGGUAGAAAGUACAGCAGAAGAUCUUUACACAAAAGUUGUGAAAGAUAAAGCUGGAGAUUCCUCUGAACCGUUGUACAGCGUUCCGACAUGCAACAAAUUAGUGACGACGGAAAUCAUUAAUUCAAAUGAAAACUCCUCUGAGGGUAACUACAGCGUUCCUAGAUGGAGAACACCAAAAAAGGUGAAAAGUUUCAGCGUACCAGAUAUAAAACAACAUCUUUAUUCUGUACCUACUCCACCUUCAAGAGAGCUAUCAGUUCCAAAUCAUCUCCAAACUGAACAUAUCUAUGAAAAUGUGCAAUCAAGUGAUGAAAAUGGUACUAUUACGUUUUAUAACUAUACUGUUGAUGAAAUUGUAGAGUGCCUCAAUAACUGUGCACUUUCCAAACUAGCCGAAAUUUGUGAACAGAAUCAACUUGAUGGUGAAUAUUUCAGAAGCUUGACAACAGACGACCUGAAAAAGGAACCGUUUCUAAUGAACUGGUUUUAUAUCUCAAAACUAUUUAAGGUGAUCAAUGGAUGGAGGCCGAAGGGGUCGUUCAGGAAAUAAAUACAAACAUUUACUUGUAAACAGUUUAAUUUGCAAAUAGUUAUGCAAAUGCUAUAUGUGAACAUGAUAAAACUUUUAAAAACGUACAAACUCAAUCAAUUGAUUCUACGUGUAGUAUCUUAGAUGUAUGAAUGAUAUUGUCGAAGAACUAGCUUGUUUUGGCCUACUGGUUCAGAGGACACAUUUUUAGAAUAUCGCAUUUAAGACAGAAUAUGUACUUUUAUCGGAAGACCUUUGCAUUUACGCUUCGUUUAAUAUCGUUGUUAUUAGAAAUGAAAGAUAACAAAUAUUUGCAACCAAAAUCGUGUUAACUUCGAUAAAAAUGGUUAUUUUGAUUAUCUUUGCGACAACGUUUCGGCCCAAGGCCUUUAUCAAGUCAUAAGCAAGUGACUUGAUAAAGGCAUUUGGCCGAAACGUUGUCGCAAAGAGUGAUAAUAAAAGCUAUGAAAAACAAUCCCUAUGGAUAUUUAUUAAAUAUAUUUUGCUUAAACAGACCUUUUACAAAAAUAAAUUGCGAUACUUACAUGAUUAAGCAUUUGAACUGAACUUAGAUAUAUGAUAACCAGUCAUAUUGAAACAUAUUCGUGAUUUCAAACAAAAGUAUUUGGCGAUCUAUGUUUUCUUGGUUAUUUGAAGUUUAAAAGUACAGACAAAUAAACAAAAAGAAACGAACUGCAUUAAAAGAAAAACUAUAGACAAUAAUUUUAAAAAUCGAGCAUGAUUGUUGGGAAAAUAGAGUCAAAGACACCUAGCAUAAAAAUGGAGAAUUUAGAUUUUACCGUUUAUUUUCGUAUUCCAAAAUAAUAACUUAUGACAAGUUUGUAGACUCAGAAAUGAUAAGAUGACGAUACCAAUGGAAGUGUGUUUACUCAAUAAAAAUAAGGAAGGUACGCAUUAG